CAAGUAGUAACGUAGCUAUUAAUUAUUUAAUGCUGACGAACCUAUGCGGUUUUCGAACUUAGAUAUGGAACAUAUAUUCUUUGAAGCAUAAUGAUUUUGCUUUUUAGUGUUUUCAGGUGUUUUGUUUCAGAAAAGAGUCUUGUCUUUCUGGUAUGUUGCAAUUCGAUGUAUUGUAAUAAAUUCUACCGAGGUUUCCACCGCUAGAUGCCCUUUCUGUUCGAAAACAAGCGGUCUUGCAAAAACCGAAGAUUUUGAAAGAAAGAAAGAAAGAAUGGUUUUGAGGAAGUUGAUUAAUUCGUGAAUUAAAAAGUUAUUGUCCAUUGAAAUGAGCAAACCUGAUUCUGCUAAAGGUUCUUCCAAAACCCCAGCAGCAAAGAAAUUAAAACUGGAAACAUCUGAUGAUGAACCAAGUAGUUCAAGAACACCAUCAGUGGAUUCAGGGUUCCUGGCAUCAGUUGAAUUGAAAAGGAAACAAUGUGCUGGAAACAUUCUAGAAUUCAAGUUCAACAAGAAAAGGUGCCGCCUGCUCUCCAAAUCAAUGGACUUGGGAAAUUUCGGUGGAGGAGUUCUAUAUUGGAUGUCACGUGAACAAAGAGUACAAGAUAAUUGGGCAUUAUUGUACGCACAGCGUUUAGCUCUAAAAAUGAAACUUCCACUGCAUGUAUGCUUUUGCCUAGUACCAACCUUUCUUGGAGCCACAAUUAGACAAUUUGGUUUUAUGUUGAAAGGUUUAGAGGAAGUAGAGGCUGAAUGCCAGAAACUUCAGAUAGAAUUUCAUUUACUUAAAGGAGAUUCUCAAAUUUGUGUGCCAAAUCUCAUUAAAAAGUUGAAAUUGGAUGCAGUUGUUGCUGAUUUCUCACCUUUAAGAGUUCCUCUUUCAUGGAUAGAAAAAGUUAAGGAAAGUAUUCCUGAAGAUGUUCCAUUUUGUCAGGUUGAUGCGCAUAAUAUCGUCCCUGUUUGGGUGGCCUCUGACAAACAAGAAAUCGGAGCACGGACCAUUAGGAAAAAGAUUCAUGAUAAAUUAGAUGAAUUUUUAACCGAUUUUCCUGCGGUUGUUACACACCCUCAUCCAUCCCAAACAAAAGCAAAACCUGUAGAUUGGAAGGCAGCAAAUGCUUAUUUGGAAGUGGACCGUACGGUAGAAGAAGUGGACUGGAUUACGCCGGGCACGAAGAGCGGCUUGCUCGAGUUGUCAAAUUUUUGCCAAAAGCGUUUAAGACUUUUUGGAGAAAAACGGAAUGACCCAAACGUGGCGGCUUUGAGUAAUUUAUCCCCUUGGUUACAUUUUGGUCAGUUGUCUGCCCAGCGUUGCAUUUUGGAGGUCAAAGAAUAUAAGGCUAAGUAUGCUAAAAGUGUAGAUGUUUAUAUUGAAGAAACACUUAUCCGACGUGAACUGUCGGACAACUUUUGCUUCUACAAUCCUAAUUACGAUAAUUUGAAAGGCGCCGCGAAUUGGGCACAGGAAACCUUAGAUGUUCACAAGAAAGAUAAAAGACCAGCGCUACUUACCUCUCAACAGUUGGAAGAAGGCAAGACCCAUGACGAUCUCUGGAACGCGUCUCAAAUACAGUUGACGCGAACUGGCAAAAUGCAUGGUUUUCUCAGAAUGUACUGGGCCAAAAAAAUUUUGGAAUGGACGGCGACGCCCGAAGAAGCUCUAAGACUUGCUAUAUAUCUGAACGAUAGAUACAGUUUAGAUGGAAGAGACCCUAGUGGUUAUGUUGGCUGUAUGUGGUCCAUCUGUGGUAUUCAUGACAUGGGCUGGAAGCAACGAGAUGUUUUCGGAAAGAUUCGCUACAUGAACUACAAAGGCUGCCAACGCAAAUUUGAUGUUGUGGCAUUUGUUCAACGUUUUGGUGCAAGAACAUAUCCCAUUAAAGGUGUGAAGUAUGAAUAGGUGCUUUUUUUAAGUAACGGAGUGGUAUUUUGUUGCAUUUUGACCAACGUGGCUCACAGUGACGGUGGUCCGAGUUAUUGUUUGGAAAUUCAGGUUUUUUUGCAUUCACUUUUAUUCAUUGCAUUAUAAAAACAACAAUUCUUCAAGAAAGCUGUAGGCGGAAGUAUUCUUUUAAUGAAGAAAAGUGGCAUAUAUUAGUUCACAUUUUCUAAACCUCUUUUGUAUUAUUAAUGCUCUUUGAACGAAGUGAUAUUGGGGACAUGUGUUAGAACGAAAAAAAUAGAUAGAACAUUAGUUGUUGGAUCA